CUCAGGAACCGGGCACAUAGGUGCCUCUAAAAUUUGCAAGUUCUUUCAUUUCUGUAAAUUGGAACAUGGAUUUCAAAGUAGGUUUACUGCUGUUAGUCAGCGCAUACAUCUGCAGCACGCAGGCGUUGCCUCCCUGCACUUGCUCCAAGAACUACAUUCCCGUGUGUGGUUCCGACGGCAACACUUACUUUAGCCUUUGCCAUCUUGAGUGUGCUCAAUACACUUCGAAGAGAAUUAUCACAGUCGUCAAGCAAGGCCCUUGCGAUGAUUUUGUGCCCCCAAUCCCAGACUGCGUCUGCCAUAUGAGUUACCUCCCCGUGUGCGGUACUGAUGGCGAGACAUAUGGUAACAAGUGCGCCUUGGACUGUGAGAAGAAACGCAAUCCUGGUCUGAAGUUGAAACAUCACGGUCCGUGCGCCCGUUAAUUUUUAGAGCAGCAUCCAAUGCCAUAUUUCAUGUUGCAUUUAACUUGAUUUUAAAUGAUUAAAUGUUU